AUGGAUGAGUUCACCCAUGAAGUACAAGAAAUUUCUUUCAAUAACCAAAAUAGUGAAGAAGAACUAGUUGAAGAAAAAUUCGAAAGAUUUCAAUCACCUUAUAAUAAUAAUAUAAUUUAACAUUCUCAACGAAUUCAUCAGUCUCAUUCUAUUUUAAAUAAUAAUAAAGUUACUAAUCCACAUCUUUAUCAACAUCAUCAACAUCAUCAUCAGCAUCAUCAUCAACAACAUCAUCAUCAUACAAUAUGGAAAGGUAGACAGCAUAAAUAUCAUGAAACAUGUAUAAAAUUAAUAUAUUUAACAUGUGCUACAAUUAUUACAACAUGUUUUAUCAUUGAAUGUAUAUUAAUACAUUUAGUUAUAUUACCAUGUCGUCAUGAAUCGGGAUUUUUACCAACGAAUUGUACUUAUAUUGAAUCAAAAUUAAUAUCAUCAUCUGUUAAAUGUGAAAAUAAAUGUUCAAAAGAUCGUUCAAGUUUUCAAUGUAUACGUAUAUUAAUUAAAUAUUCUAGAUUAAAAGAAAAUUUUACAGCAAGUUUAUAUGAUAAUAUAGCAACAUAUCAAUAUUAUCAUUCACUUGGUGCUUUUGGAACUAGUCGACAAGAAACUAUCCUCAACCUAGGUUUCAUGUUAUUUGACACUUGUCAAAAACGUACAUAUAACCAUGAGGGGUCUUCUGGAGAUUGUAGUAAUUUAAUAGUUGAAUUCAUGAGUCAAUUAAAUCUAGACCACCAUGGAAAACCUGAAAGUAGUGGACGGCUGUAUGGGACUCGUCAGCAGUGCGCAUCGACGAUCCCUCUCGCGGGAUUCGAAUUUCAUGAGAGUUAUAAGUGUGCUACCAGUUCAUGUCAUCGUCAGAAUUCAGCAAACCAUGAAUGGGUACAAAAUUUUUGUCAAUUAAUUAAAAAUACUGUACAAUUUACAUGUUAUGUACAUGAAGAUCAUAUUAAUGAAGCUUUAUUACAUAAAUUCUAUGGACCAUCAACAAUGUUUGAUACAUUAUUUUGGCCAUUAACAUUAUUAUUUGUCUCGAGUUUAUGCUUAAUUAUUACAUGGUCUUUUGAUAAAUGUCAUGUAUGGCAUGAUGAAAAAACAAUAAUUGCAUAAUAUUAAAUAUUGACUUUACAUAAUCAGAACUGACGGUAGUAUUAUAAUGAACGAAUAUUCAAGGUGAAGAAGACCAAUUCAUUUUUAAAUGCGAAAUCAUACACCUUUGAAUGAUCUGUUACAAGACUUAUUGUUCUUUCAUUUCUGUUGUUAUGAUGGUUGCUUUUUAGUUUCCUUCUCUCUUCUUUUCAUUGCAACUUUUCUCAACUUUCUACGAUCAGGUUUUCUAAUUUCUACUGGUGUUACAUACUACUUAUAUCCGUAAACAUAAGUAGCAUACACUACAGUAUAUAUUGUAAAUAAUAAUCAUUACUAAACUAAUAGUUAUAUAGUCUUAAUUAAAUAGCCUAAGGGAAAUCAAUGAACGUUUUCAUUCAACUACAGAAUAGAAUAGAUAGAAACAACUAAAUGAAACCUCUUGAUUUCAUACGAAAAGUAUUGUUACAUUAUCAUUUUAGGAUGAAAAAAAAGAACAUAACUGAAUUUGUCAGAUAUUUUUGAUUUAUUUUACAUUGGUUAAGAUGUCUUCUGUUUCAUAGAAUAAAUAUUUGUAGAAUAAAGUAUAUAUCUUUUCAUUUAUGAUUGCUUACCAGUAUAAAAGAUGGAUAUGCUAUAGGGAAAUAACCGAAACAUUACAGAUUUAAAUGAAAGAGCUUCAUAAGUACUGUUAUGUACUUUGGUCUAUCUACUCACUCUUGGUGCUGAGGUUACUGUCU